AUUGGAAUUUUGGGAGCAGAGGAAACAAGCAAACAUGCUGCCAAUACUUAUCAUACUUUCGAUGUGCUGCAAUUUGAUAAGUGGUGGUCUCGCCUUAAGCAGACACACGUGGACAUAUCGCAUCAGAUCGACCAGAAUGUCAACCAGCAAUGAAACGGUGGCCGGCGGUGAAACUCAUCUGGAACGCGAGGGUCGCGGCGAAUACACGAUGAGUGGCUACUUGUACUUCAAUGUGGAUCUGCCCGAGGAGUUUGAGGUUGAGGUUAGUAUCUAUCGCAGCAACGAUGGUGGCGCCACCUACAAGAUCGAGCCCUAUUCCGUGCCGCGUACAGGACUCUACACGGCGAUGAACACCUUUUACAAGGACAUUAUCAUGUCAUCCGCAGCCAAGUGUUCGAAUUUUCCGCAAUUUAAGGACAAACUCGAACCUGUGACUGCGCAGAAAUUCACGUACAACAAGUGCGUUUUGAGCGUCGAUGGAUUUCCCACCUAUGUGUCCGAUGGCAUAUAUAAAUUCGAAAUUAAGUCCUACGGUUUGGUGGAGCUCGUUUUCGAGGCUCUCGUCGAAGUGUCGCAGAAGACCUUCUGAAAAAUCUUUGGCAUAGUUUUUAGACUCGGUUGUUAAUGCAUUAUAAUCCGCAUAAUCACUUAUGUAUUUUUCUGUUAUUUCCACCAAUAUUUUAUAAAUUGUAAAGGCGUGUAUCAAGCAAUUGAGAUAAACUAUUUACUCAGCUGCA